AUGAGGAAUAAAUUCCAAAUCUUCAAGAUAAAAGGCAAACAAAUAAUAGAUGACCGAAUCGCUAAGGAUUACAGACAAGCUAAAUAUAGUUCUCACUUUGAGGGUAUAAGGGUAUCUCACUCAUCAACCAAGUUGGAUUCAGUGGCUCUUUUGAAGAGUCAAAGAGGGACGUGA